AUGGGAACAAAUUCACAAACCACUGAUACACUCAUCUCCUCUCCCCCUGUUCCAGCAGCUUUUGUAUCUGCUGGUUCUAGUGGUAUUGGUUUAGUUGAUUCAGCUCAUCCCUACUACCUCCAUCAUUCAGACUACCCAGGAAUGAACCUGGUCUCCUCAGUGUUUGAUGGCAGAGGUUAUGGUGGGUGGAGAAGAGCCGUAGUCAUAGCUUUAUCCGCUAAGAACAAACUAGGAUUCAUUGAUGGAACCCUAGCUGUUCCAGAUGCAGAUUCUAGCCUUCAAAGAGCUUGGGCAAGAUGCAACAACAUGGUCCUUUCUUAUCUCCUCAACUCACUUUCCAAAGAAAUUGCUGAGAGUGUCUUGUACUCACAUAGUGCAAAAGAUCUGUGGCAUGACCUGGAAGAUAGGUUUGGUCAGGCAAGUGGAGCAAAGUUGUUUCAGCUACAAAAAGAACAAAGUGCUGUGAUGCAAGGUAACUCGAGUGUUUCAACCUAUUUUACUAACAUGAGAGAAUUAUGGGAUGAGCUAGAUGCACUCAAUACCUUUUCUGCUUGUGUGUGUGAGUGUGAUUGUGGGGCUAAUGCAAAGAGUAUCAAGGCUCAUCAAGAUGAGAGACUUUUGCAAUUCCUUAUGGGUUUGAAUGAAACCUUCAUAGGAGUUAGGAGCAACAUAUUGUUGUCAUCUCCUUUACUUUCCAUUGGGCAGGCAUACUCUUUGGUCAUACAAGAUGAAAAACAAAGAGAAAUUCAUGUUGUACCUGCCUACCCAGGGGAGUCUGGUUCCUUCAUGGUAACAAACCAAGCAGCUGGGAAGAAAUAUGGUGAUUCCAAAGGACAGAAGGGGUCCUAUGAUGCAAAGAAGAGUUCAGGGAUUUGUACCUACUGCAAGAAGCCAGGACAUAACAUUGAUAAGUGUUAUAGGGUCCAUGGUUUUCCUGCAGAUUUCAAAUUCACAAAGCCAAGGAAAUUUCAGGACCAGUCAAGGCAAACAAUGCUCUAA